GACACAGCCAGCAGCACGAGCUAGCAUUCAGUUUGCGGUUUCUGGAGAGGCGGGGCUUCGCUCGCCGAUUGCCCGCGCACAUUCCCUCCGGAUCUGCCCGGCUACGUGUGAUGGUUAGGUCCUCAAUUAGUGAACUUGAAGCCAAAUACCCGGAUGUCGAUCCAUUCCUUCUCCGCAAAUGGGAACGGAUUUUCAGCAUGUUUUUUGAUCGCAAUGCCUCGCAUCAGGUCGACUGGGGAGAUUUUUACUUGGUAGUAAGGAAGGUAAAGGAUAUCUACGGUGCAGAGUCUGUGCAAACGGAAUUCGCUAAUAAAACCUUAGCUACUCUCUGGGAAAAUCUUUGUAAAACUGCCGACUCAGACAAGGAUCAAUUGGUAUCGAUCGACGAAUGGAUCAAAUUUUUGAAAUUAUCUAUGAAGAAUAAUGAGAUGAAAUGGUUCACCGACUACGAGAAAUUUAUGUUUCAACUUUUCGAUGUUUCUUGCGAUGGCGCACUGGAUAUAGAAGAGUAUAUCGACGGCAUGAAUGUGUAUGGAGUGAGACGUCCGGAGGCUAAAGAAGCUUUUCAGAAAUUUGCACUGGAUGCAAACGGAAAGUAUGUUCCACGUGUCAGCAAAGAAAUGUGGUCCCGUCACUUUCACGAUCUUUUCUAUUCCAGCGACAAGAAUGCACCCGGAAAUCACUUGUUUGGUGUUUGUGAAUUUUGAAAAAGAAUUGAAAAUUCUGUGCUUUAGAUUACCCUAACAGUUGUUUCUUCAUUCGUCGUGAUUCUGUUUCUUAAAGUAUUGAGAGUAGUUAUUGUCAUAUAUUCAUUAUUAAUUAUACAUGUGACAGCAAUAAAGUUAACCGGAUCGUUAAAAAA